AUGCGAAUUCUUCGCGCGCUUGUCGACUCGCUCAGCGAGUCGAUUACUCGGUCGGCGCCCGCAGUGUAUAUACGUAACCCAAAGUACGAUACCCUCAGUAUUGAAGCAACCCUGUGGAAUGGAGACCCUUUUUUCCGGUAUAUGAAGGCAGUUAACGAUCAGAAGAACACACCUCUUAUUGCUGGAAUUGGGGUUGAAGUUGCAACGCGACGGAGGAAUAAAUUUGCCGGGUUUAUCAAGAACAUUGAAAUUAAGGAGCAGGACAAGGGUGUCAUUAAUAUAGACGUGACAGUCAACCAAGCAUUAGGGAAUUGUCCGAAGUAUAUUGUACUUCGUGAGCUCGAGCCCCGGCCAACGACCUCUCCUGUGAUCCAACACGACCAUUCUCAUCUCUCCCCAGAGGAAAGGCUCUCUGAUGAAGCCAUUGCUCUCAUCCUUGCAUCAGAUACUGUCUUUUUUGGCACUACGUACUCUGCUGAAGCUUCAGAACAGUCAAUGUAUCCUUCGCAUCUUGGAAUGAAUCAUCGUGGUGGACGACCCGGAUUCAUUCGUGUGAAGCCAUCCGACGGACGCACAGUCGUACUCCCAGACUUUUCUGGUAAUCGAUUCAUGACAUCCCUGGGCAAUGUGGAGGCGACACCGUUCGCGUCGCUCACUUUCAUUGAUUUCAAAUCUGGCAACAUCCUAUAUCUCACCGGCAAGGCUAAGAAUGUAUAUGGCGCAGAUGCUCGUGCAGUCAUGCCCUUUCAAGAUCUACUCACGGAAAUACACGUGACGGGGUAUACUUACGUGGUCGAUGCUCUUCCCGUUCGCGUUGCAGCAGGGUAUGUCGACCAACUCAGUCCAUACAGCCCGCCCAUCCGGCUUCUCUCUGAAGAAGUUCCUGAUACCAAACUCUUCGAGAAGGAAAACCAACCGAAGGCACGAUUGGCCAAGAUUUCUACGCUCAGCCCUUCCAUCGCAAUAUUUGAAUGGGAAGCGUCUGAGCCGCUUUCUGUGAAGCCAGGACAAGCUAUCAUCUUAGACUUCAGUCCUCUCCUCGGUUCGCGUCAAUAUCAGCAUAUGUCACCUGGAAAACCCAGCCUCGUAAACGAUGACUUCAUCCGUACCUGGACGAUCUCAAAUACGUUACCACAAGGUUCCAAUUCUCGGUUAUUUGCUCUCACCAUGCGCGAGAAAACUGGAGGAGUAGUCACAGGCGCCCUAUUCAAUAUAUUGAGGAAGUUAACAGAAUACAAGCACGCAGCACUGGAGGAUGCUAGAGUACUAUCUUUAGACGUGAACAUUGUCGGCAUCAAUGGCGACUUUAUUCUUCCUCCUUUUCAUCCUCCUUCUCUUGGAGCUGAAGGUCUCUCGGCCUUCAUUACUUCGGGAAAGAGACACCUUUAUUGGUUCGCAGGUGGAAUCGGCAUAACCCCAUUUCUCUCAAUGCUUGCUGCUCUCUCCCAAGUUCCUGAUGCCGAGUUGCCUCGAUGGGAAAUCACUCUAAUCGUUUCUACCCGCGAACCCGACGUCUCUCUUUCUCUAAUAUCGCGCGCCAUUGGAGGAACAGUAUGCCCAGCCUAUUUGAAGGUCCAUAUCUUUACGAAUGCUCAGGUGCCUGAUAUUGAACCCGAGUUCCGCGUCACUACUCACACUGGGCGUAUUGAUUCUGCGUUCCUGGAAGCACAGCAGGAACAGUUGCGGAAGGAUAGUGCCGAGGUGUUUAUUUGUGGACCAGAAUCUUUCGAAAAGUCUGUUCUAGAAUUUGUCGGCAAAGUUGGCGCUGACAUUGGAAGAGUGCGUCGAGAAGGUUUCGCUUACUGA